AUGGAUUCGGACACGCACACCGAGCCCAUGAAGAUAGGCGCGCCCAAUGGCCUGCACUAUCCCAUCACCGUCACCGACAUUGCCAAGCAGCAGGGCGACGACGUCGCCCGCUUCCAACCGCUCUUCCACUACUCGUUCGAGAGCCUCCGGGAAGAGACGAACAAAUGGGGCGACACCAAAGAAGUUCUGCAUAAAUUCUUCGCCAGCUUCGAGGCUCCGGUAGACGGUCAGAUUGAGACAUGGCACAUCAAGAAGGAUCAGGUGGUAUCCAGACCAGGCACCCUCCUGCUUGAGAUUACAGAGCCAUGCACCCACGAAGAGCAGUUCGGAGGCUUGUGCACCAUGUGCGGCAAGGACAUGACCGAGGUCAACUACCUGACCGAGAAGCUCGACAUCACCCGCGCAACCGUCAACAUGACGCACGACAACACUGCACUGCUUGUCAGCCACAAGGAAGCUAGGAAGGCCGAAGAAGCUGCAAAAACGCGCCUGCUCGAAGCGAAGAAGCUGACCCUGAUUGUCGAUCUCGACCAGACCGUCAUCCACACAACCUGCGAGCGCACAAUCGCCGAGUGGAAGGACGACCCGACGAAUCCGAACUACAAGUUUGUCAAAGAUGUCGAGGGCUUCCAGCUGGCCGACGACAACGUUGCCCACAUUGCCGCGAACUGGUACUACGUCAAGAAACGCCCAGGGCUAAAGGACUUCUUUGAUAACAUGUCUCAGCUGUACGAGAUGCAUAUCUAUACAAUGGCAACCCGCGCUUAUGCGCAGGCUGUGGCCAAGAUAAUCGAUCCGGACCGCAAAUACUUUGGCGAUCGCAUCUUGAGCCGCGACGAGAACGGUACAGACAAGGCCAAGAGUUUGCAUCGGUUGUUCCCAAAUAACCCUGGCAUGGUGGUCAUCAUCGACGACAGAGCGGAUGUUUGGAAUUACAGCCCUUAUCUAGUCCGCGUUCCGGUGUUCAACUUCUUCCCCGGUGCGGGUGACAUCAAUGCUAGCUUCUUGCCCAAGCAGCUAGAGGUACCUGCUCCUGCGACCGCUCCUGCGACCACUCCCAAAGACAGGGUCGAAAAUAAAGCCAGAGUUGAUUCUGAAGGGAUUCCUUUUUCUGUUGCCGGGAAACCCCUCCCACCUAAACCUGUGAAUUCAGAUUCGGGAGACACAACAAACGGGGUCGAAAAUGAUCUGGAAGAGCGAAUGAUCGCUAUGGGCGCUGGAGAAAGUCAAGAAGCUCUCGAAGAGCGUGUGAGAGAACAAGAGAAAAUCAUUGUUGCUCAACAAACUGAGCGACCCUUAUUGCAACAACAGCUUACGCUUGAGAAAGAAGAUGACGAGGAGGAAGCCGCGAGAUCCGACAUUCCCGAGCAUAGCGAGAUACAGUCCACUGAACACCACAAACACCACCGUGCUAUAUUAAACAAUAGCGACGAUGGCUUGGAAGUCGUUGAAAAGAACUUGCGGCGCGUGUAUGAGGCAUUCUAUGAUGAAUACCAGAGGUCAAUAGUGAAGCCUAGAGGUAGUCGCGUUGCCGAGCUCAAGGGGGAGAAAAGCCCCAGGAAACCGCGUCUCGAGGGGAUGGUGCCUGACAUCGCCUACAUUAUGCCACGCAUCAAAAGUGAGACUCUUGCUACAUGCGUCAUUGUAUUCUCCGGCAUAAUACCGCUAGGCAUGGAUGUUGAAACCUCCGACUUCGCGCUGUGGGUCAAGAGUUUCGGUGCGCAGAUAGCUCUCAACGUUGACAAACGAACGACACAUGUCAUCGCGAACCCAGACCGGAAGACAUCGAAAGUGAAAAAGGCAGCGCGGAUCCUUCACGAUGGAGGCAACAUACAGAUUGUGACAAUCCAAUGGAUGACCGAAUGCUGUACCCGAUGGGAACACGUUGAGGAAGAGGCCUACUACAUCGAUGUGGAUGAUGAGCGUGGGACCCCAGCGCCUGCAGAAGAGCUGGAAGAGGAAGAAAGCAUCAAUGGGACCGACGAAGAUGAUGCCAAGUCGCCAUUAUCUAUAUUCGACAUGCCCAAUGACGACUGGGACGCAAUACAAGCGGAGAUCGAGGAGUUCGAGAAUGAAUCGGACUCCGAAGGUUCUCGGGCCUCCGACUCAGAAAGCGUACAUUCCACAAACAGCGCAAACACAGAGGCCAACGGUACCAAAGCCGUCCGGCGGAAGAGGAAGAGGGGCACGGAGUCUGAUGCUGAGUUGGAGGCAGGGGACAGCGAUUCUAGCGUCAACAGUACGUCCAGGUUGCAGAAACGAAAAAGGCGCACCAUGGAACGAGUCACGUCGCUGACGAAUGUGGUCAACGCAGACAAAGAGUCUUCGGGCCUGCCUAGUCCCGAGACGACGGGACCUGAAGAAGACCAAGGUGAUGAAUUUGAUCCCCAGGGCGGAGGUACGGACCUCGCCGGGGACAAUGACCAAGAUCUGGAAGAUGAUAUGUUGGCUCAGUUCAACGCUGGAUUUGAGGACGACUAG